AUGGGGCGAAACAAGGAAAGGUGGAUCUGGGAGGAUGAUCAUGAAAGGUGCAAUCUUUGGACAAGUGUCAGCAAUGAGCUUCCAAAUGCAGCAGACGUAUUGGGCGACGAAUCGGGUAAUGAUACCGAUAACUUUGCCUAUGAUGUGAGCGACGAUUAUGCGAUACUCUCGACAUCUGCAACAAGAGACAUUCUUACCGAACUCCACCCGAACGCUUUGAAUAUCUUCAAAUUGUGGCAGGCAUUUCUCGAGAAUGUGAACCCACUCAUCAAAAUUAUACAUGCUCCAACUGUGCAACAACAAAUUCUAGAAGCCAUGAGUGAUCUGUCAAAAGUAAGCCGGGAGUUCGAAGCAUUGAUGUUUGCAAUAUACUGCAUCGCAGUGGUUUCCAUGCAAGCAGAAGAUGUCGAAAAGUCAUUCGGAGAAAGCAAGAAAGCCCUCCUAUCAAAGUGCAGACGAGGAGCCCAACUCGCUUUCAAAAAUGCAUCGCUUCUUCGUACAUCAAGCUCAGUGGUGCUCCAGGCGUUUAUGUUAUACCUACUUUGCAUGCGUUCGUUCUCUGACCCACAUACAAUAUGGACAUUAUGUGGCAUUGCAGUAAGAAUUGCGCAACGAAUUGGGAUUCACCGUGACGGGUCUGCACACGGACUUUCUGUAUUCGAAACCGAGAUACGCCGUCGUAUCUGGUUCCAGCUCGUGAUAAUAGACGCCACGUCUGCACAAUUCUGUGGUGUAGCACCAACGCCGCUCGCAGCCACAAUCGAUGUCCAACCACCAAUGAACGCAAAUGAUAGCGAUCUCGACCCUCGCAUGACCGAGCCAGCCUGCGAAAAGCCAGGUCCGACAGAAAUGAUGUUUGUUCUAGCACGGAGUGCAUUUGGAAAAUGGCUCCUUCGUUUGUCAAACCAAGCCGAGGGCUCCAAUACUGGACCAUGGGCCUUCUUAUCAUCUUCUUCGAUGCCCCUGAAAGAGAAGGACAAGACAAUUAAUGAACUUGAAGCACACAUGGAAGAGAAGUUCCUUCGGCACUGCGAUAAAUCCAUCCCGCUACAUAUGGCAACGACAAUGAUGGCGCGUUCGGCUAUAUACUAUACUCGGCUGAUGGCACACCACCCCCGUCAAUACCAGGAUCCCAACACUCGCAUCUCUCAAGUGGAGAAAGAUAUCAUCUUCGAGACUGCUCUCAAGAUGAUAGAGUAUGCUGACUACGCCCAAAACAAUCCAGUUGUACGGAAAUUCUUGUGGCACAUGGUGAAUCACAUGCCAUGGGAUGCUAUAAUAUUCUUGCUGUCGGAGAUGCAACACCGAACUGACGCCGAAGAGAAGAGCAAAGUGUGGCAAUUGAUUGGAAAUGUAUACUCUUCGCACAUCAAGGCGAUGAGCAAGAAUGAUCCAACGCCUCUUCACAUGGCUAUUCAAAAUUUGAUUGUCAAGUCAUGGCGGACGUACAUUGAAGAGUGUAACCUCAACAACCGCACACCAACGCCGUGUCCUACCAUCGUUUCAUCCUUGCUAGCCAACGCGCCCAAAAUUUCUAACCUGCAACAGGAGGAUGGAAACUUCCCAGCUGUUGAGCGUGGUGCUAGCCCACAAGACCAAUCUAGACAUGACCGUUCUAGUUCACAAUUCGGAUUGGAGGCCGAAACAUUUGGUUUAAUGCUUGGGGAUAGCCCGAAGGAUUGGAAUGAAUGGGACAAUCUUCUCAGCAACUUCCAAGGAUCUUUUACCGAUGAUGCACCAUAUCUGUCAUGA